AUGAACUUCUUUGCGAUCAUCACAAAGUCUGUGGCUAGGGCCGUGUCGAACACGGACCCUUCAAAACAACUAACGCGAAGGUGCUGGUCCAAGCCAGAGUUCGUGAACAUCCCUCAAGAAGAUUGGAUGAGAAUACCGAUGCUUGACGGCUGGGAGAAACGCGUCAGGCGAGAGAGUCUAUCCAAUGGUCAGAAGGAGAAGGAGCUGAUCGACAAAGUUUUCGACGGCUUGAGAGCCGAUGGAAAACUAGACUGGGCGACGAAACACACGCCGACGCUUACUAUACUAAGAGAUUAUCUCCGGUUACUUUAA